ACCACUCUCUCUCUCUCCCUCUACACUCUCCUUCUCUCUCUCCUCUUCCCACAACUGGUUUAGUUAUGUUCACAUCAGAUGACUUUGAAGAAAUGUUUCAGUGCCCUGAUCAAAAUUCAAUGAUGAUCAUCGAAAACAAUAAUCAAAAGUGGAAUAAAUCUCAUCACGUCGAAAUAGCACCAAAUUGUCCAAGAUGUGCGUCACCAAAUACCAAAUUUUGUUACUACAACAACUACAGUCUUUCACAACCUCGCUACUUUUGCAAAGGCUGUAAAAGGUAUUGGACUAAAGGUGGCUCGCUACGUAAUGUCCCCAUUGGUGGUGGUUGUCGGAAAAAUCGUAGAGCAAAAUCUGUUCGGUACAGACCCAGUCGGGUCUUCAUGGGUGGUUCACCUGACUGUGAUGAUCCCAUUCAGAACACUGAUGAAACUGUUACUCCUCCAGCUAUUGAUCUUGCGGCUGUCUUCUCUAACUUUUUAAAUCCGGGGAUAGUUACUGACGUAGCCGCAUCUGCACCCGAACCUGAAUUGUCAAGUGAGUUUGAUCUUUCUUUUGAUAAGUCUUCUUCAAACGAUUCUACGAUUCCUAACCAAGAAUCACCACCAAUAAAUGAUGAUCAAUUCCAUCAACAGAAUUACGGGUUUGAAUGUGAUUCAGAUCCGACCCGAGAAAUUUCUCAGUUUAUAGGGGGUGUUAAUGAAGUAGAUGACAAGAUAAGCGACAUUAGCGGUUUGCUGUCGCUGCGAACUGAUGAAGUUGAUCAAGAGUUCUGGCCUGAUGCUAGUGUUGUGAACGAUUUUAGCUGGCAACCGUCACCACUACAUGAGUUUGAACCUGUUUUCGAUGAUCAGUUUACAUCGUACCCGAACCUUUUAAACUGGUGAUUAGUGAUUAGUGAUUAGUGAUUCAAUUCCCUCAAUUUGUGUGAAGAAAACAUUGUUAUGUAAACUUAGAAUAAUAACCAUACUAUACUUCUGUAUUUUCA